AGGCGAUUUUGCUAGUAAGCAGUCGCCAAAAGCAGGGAGAGAGAGAGAGAGCGAGAGAGAUCGAAGGAGCUCCUGGAAAUUAGGGUUCCGCGAUUAGGGAUUUUGUUUCAGUUUCUGUCGAAAUAUCGCUUCCAAACGAGUUGUAAGAGGCAUUUUUGAAGAGCUACUGUAAGCUUCGGUGAGUUUGGGGUGUUUGGGUACUUCGGUUUUUUUCUUUCGUUUUGAUCUGGGGCGAUCGGAUUUGAGGAAGAACAGCUACAGAACGAGUCUUAAAAGAGGCGAUUUUAAAGAGGCACUGAGAGCUUCAGGGAGGUUGGGGUGUUUGGCUAGAUUUGGGAAUUUCGUGAUUUGGGUAGACUGAAAUCUGGGAAAAAACCGGCUGGAAAAGGAGUAUACAGGAGGGGAUUUUGUAGAGCUAUCUGGAGCUUUGGAGAGAUUGUAACAUUCGGAGUACUCGAUUUUUUGUGAUCUGGGUUGGGGAGAAUUGCUGCUUUCGAUUGGGGUUUUGGAGAAGUUAGGGUUUUUGAUAUCUGGUUCUUUUUCGUCUUCUAGGGUUUUGCGUUUUAGGGUUUUGGGAUUUUCCCCCUUUUGAUGAUUGAGGUGGUGAUGGUGAUGAUGGUGGUGGAUGGGGAGUAAUAAAGGGAGGAUUUUUGGUGCAGAAGAUGCUAAGGAAGCGGCGGGAGUGAUGCCGAGCUUCGUUCCUCCAUUGCCUGCGUCUCAAGCACUAGGCACAGAGGGCAGCCACAUCCAUACGUCUCGUGUUUCUGACUUUGGGGCGCUUGAACAAACUAUUGGGUUUCGCCUAGAGGAUGCUGUUGAUCUUAGUCGAAACCCAUUGUUCAAUUCAAAAACAAGUGGCCCUGCCGUUACUUCUGACCCACUCCAAUUCAGCAAUUUUAAUAAGACGUUCGCUUCCCCUGAUAUAACUCCAGCAGCUAGAGUUGGAUCUCAGAGAUUGCCUCAACAAAAAGCACAACAGCCUAAUCUGGUUUCUUUGCCUAGUAGCCAUUUGGAGAACUGGGGAGAGUCUACAAUGGCCGAUGCUAGUCCCAGGACUGAUACCUCAACAGAUGUGGACACAGACGACAAGAAUCAAAGGUUUGAAGCAGGUCAGUCUGCUCUGGUAGGUGCUUCUGAUUCCAGUGACCGAUCAAAGGAUAAAGUGGGGGAUCAAAAGACACUUCGUAGGCUUGCUCAAAACCGUGAAGCUGCAAGAAAGAGCCGGUUAAGGAAGAAAGCAUAUGUACAACAGCUAGAAAGUAGCCGGCUGAAGCUAACCCAACUUGAGCAGGAGCUACAACGAGCUCGCCAGCAGGGGAUCUUCAUUUCAAGCUCAGGAGAUCAAGCCCAUUCAAUGAGUGGAAAUGGCGCCUUGGCGUUUGACAUUGAGUAUACAAGAUGGCUGGAAGAGCACAACCGGCAGGUCAAUGAGCUGAGGGCAGCCGUGAACUCUCAUGCGGGUGAUAAUGAGCUUCGCACUAUUGUUAACAGUGUUAUGUCCCACUACGAUGACAUAUUUAGGCUCAAGGGUGUUGCUGCUAAAGCUGAUGUCUUCCACAUGUUGUCGGGCAUGUGGAAGACUCCGGCAGAGAGGUGUUUUAUGUGGUUGGGGGGCUUUCGUUCAUCUGAACUCCUUAAGCUUCUUGUGAGCCAUCUGGAGCCGCUCACUGAACAACAGUUGGUUGGCAUCUGCAACCUACAACAGUCAUCCCAGCAGGCGGAGGAUGCACUAUCUCAGGGGAUGGAGGCAUUGCAGCAAUCUCUGGCAGAAACAUUGGCAUCCGGGUCCCUUGGACCCUCGGGGUCAUCUGGGAAUGUGGCGAAUUACAUGGGUCAGAUGGCAAUGGCCAUGGGAAAGCUUGGGACACUUGAGGGCUUCCUCCGCCAGGCUGACAAUCUGCGGCAGCAAACACUACAACAAAUGCACCGAAUCUUAACGACACGUCAAUCAGCACGGGCCCUACUCGCCAUAAAUGACUACUUCUCCCGCCUCCGUGCUCUGAGUUCUCUCUGGCUCGCCCGGCCCCGGGAGUGAGGAGAUGCAUUGAAUGCAUUUCGUCUGGAGAAAAGAUAAUGCGUCCUGCCAGCAGUCACAAAUAUCCAAACAGUUUUGGGCUUAAGCUUGUCGCACUGGCAAUGCUUAAGUCAUGUUUCUGUGAUGUUGGUGGCCCACCUCUCUUGUCAAUCGUAGCAGGAGUUCCAACACGCAGCAUUUUAAAUCCAUAUCCUCGUCAUGGCUUCAGCAUCUCGUGUAUCACCACUGGAUUGUUGUAUGUUUGUUACAUGAAUGCAAUGCAUGAAACAAUAGUGGCAAUAAUCAGUGAUUAGUUAGUCAGUUAAUUAUCUUCUGCAUCAUAUGCCAAUGUUUGCACGUGAAAAUCUUCAGAAAUUACCCUAUGUAAAAUAUAUUUAUUGAUGAAAUAUGGCAACAUCAUGUAGAAAUGUGGAAGACGGUUUGUAGCGGUCUCCAACUGGUUUUUAGCAGAUAGCCUGUUUCUUGA